AUGUGGGGGUCGGGGGUCGGGGGGUGGCGGGGGGCGCGGGAGGUGGCGUGGCGGGCGCUGGCCGUGGUGGGCCCGGCCGUGGCGGCGGGGGUCCUGGGCGCCGGGGCCGGCUGGCUGGUCCUGGCCGCCGGCCUGGGGCUCUGGUGGCGGCGGACCCGGCGGGGGAAGAGCAGCCGCCUCCGCGCGGCCCUCCGGCCCCCGCCGCCCCCCGACCGGCUCCGCGGCGAUGGGCGGCAGCUCCACGCCUCGAUCCACUUCCCAGAUGUGGAGCGAGUCGAGUGGGUCAACAAGAUCGUGGCUCAGAUCUGGCCCUACCUGGGCAUGAUCAUGGAGAAGAAAUUCCAGGAGAAGCUGGAGCCCAAGAUCCGGGAGAAGAGCAGCCACCUGCGAACUUUCACCUUCACCAAGCUCUGCUUCGGGGAGAAGUGCCCCAAGAUCAACGGGGUCAAGGCCCACACCGACCAGAGCAACCGGAGACGGAUCACCCUGGAUCUCCAGAUCUGUUACAUCGGGGAUUGCGAGAUCAGCGUGGAGCUCCAGAAGAUGAGAGCCGGAAUCAGCGGGAUCCAGCUGCAGGGGACCCUGCGUGUCAUCCUGGAGCCGCUGCUCAUCGACAAGCCGUUCCUGGGGGCCGUCACCAUUUUCUUCCUCCAUAAACCGCAUCUGGAGAUCAACUGGACGGGCCUGACCAACUUUUUGGACGCUCCAGGGAUCAACGAGGUGACCGACAGCCUCAUCGAGGACCUGAUCGCCGCCCACCUGGUCCUGCCCAACAGGGUGACCGUCCCCGUCAAGAAGGGCCUGGACGUGAGCCAGCUCCGCUUCCCGCUGCCCUGUGGUGUGAUCCGGGUGUUCGUGAUGGCGGGGAAGCAGCUGGCGGCGAAGGACAGCUUCCUGGGCGUGCGGGGCAAGUCGGACCCCUACGCCAUCGUCCACAUCGGGCUGGAGCGCUUCCGGACCCGAACCGUCCGCCACAGCCUCGACCCCGUCUGGAACGAGGUCUUCGAGUUCAUCGUGUACGAAGUGCCCGGGCAGGAUCUGGAAGUGGAUUUAUACGACGAAGAUCCGGAUAAGGAUGAUUUCCUGGGCAGUUUGCAGAUCAGUCUUGGAAACGUGAAGACGAACCGGACGGUUGACGAGUGGUUCCCCCUGAGCGACGCUCCCCGAGGCCGGCUGCACCUGCGGUUGGAAUGGAUGACCCUCGUGGCCGCCCAGGACCCGCCCCCGCAGGACCCCCGUGGACUCAACACCGCCCUCCUCAUCGUCUUCCUGGAGAGCGCCUGCAACCUGCCCAGGAGCCCGUUCGACUUCGUCAACGGAGAGUACCGCGCCAAGAAGCUGCCCAGGUUGGCCAAGGCCCGGGUGGACAAGGACCCGUCGGCCUACGUGAAGCUGUCGGUGGGCAGGAAGAUUGUCAAGAGCAAGACCUGCGCCAACAGCAAGGACCCCGUGUGGAACCAAGUGUUCACCUUCUUCGUGGGCAGCGUGGCGGCCGAACAGCUCCAUCUGAAGGUGGUGGACGACGAGCAGGACUGCGCCCUGGGGGUCCUGGAGGUGGCCCUGGCCCCCGUCCUCGCCCAGCCGGACUCGGCCUUCGAGGAGCGGUUCCAGCUGGCCCACUCCGGCCUCGACAGCCUCCUCACCAUGAAGCUCGUCGUCAGACUCUUGCAGACGGAGGAACGGGAGCCGGGGAGCCCCUACACCGGCCCGGAAGCCCUGAAGGAAGGCCCCGUGCCGCUCGAGGGGUCGGGGGGCGGCCGGGACCCCGAGGACCGGGCCCGCCCGCCCCCCGAGACCCCCGCGGCCCCGGCCGCGGCCGAGGAGGCCCGAAGGCCCAGCCGGGAGGCCGCGGCGGGCCCGGCGGACCAAAGCCCCCCGCCCCGGUUCCUGGCCGGGGCCCCGCUCCCCUCGGACCCGGGCCUCGGCUCCCUCGGCUCCCUCGGCUCCUCCUGCUUCGAGCUGAGCGACGGCGACCUCGACGACCGCCCGCCGGACCUCCCCAGCGGGGCCACCCUGGGCGAGGUGCAGCUGUCCGUCCGCUACGCCCCUCUCCGACGCUGCCUCGUCGUGCUGGUCUGCGGCUGCAGGAACCUGCUCCCCCGCGGCCGCGACGGCGGGGCCGACGCCUACGUCCGGGUCUACCUGCUGCCCGACAGGGGCUGGGCCGGUCGGAAGCGCACGUCCGUCAGGAGGAAGACCCUCAACCCCCAGUACGACGAGAGGUUUGAGUUCUCGGUGGGUCUGGAGGAGGCGAAGGGGCGUUCGCUGGACGUCGCGGUGAAGAACAGCCGGAGGUUCGGGGGCUCCUACCGAGGAAAGAGCCUGGGGCAGGUCCUGAUUGAUCUCUCCGGGGAAGAUUUGAUCAGAGGGUUUACGCGAUGGUGGGAGCUGACCCCGGAUGGGCGACCCCGCAGCUGACCCCGGAUGGACGGACGGACGACCCCGGACGGGUGGGCCCCCAGCCGACCCCGGAUGGAGGGCUCGCAGGGCAGACAGACGACCCCCGAGCUGACCUCAGAUGGACAGAUGACCCCGGGGCUGACCCCAGUUGGACGGGCUCAAAGCUGACCCCGGACGGACAGACGACCCCGGAUCUGACCCCGGAUGGACGGACGACCCCGGAGCUGACCCCGGGAGGGCGGACCUGCGGCCGGCCCCGGAUGGCCAGACAUAGCGGAGAUGACCCCGGAUGGACGGGCCUGCGGCUGAUCCGCCCAGAAAGAUGACCCUGGAUGGACAGAACCACAGCUGACCCCUGAUGUACACGUGACCCCGGAGCUGACCCCAGAUGGAUGGGCCUGCCGCUGACCCCGGAUGGACGGACGACCCCGGAGCCGACCCCAGACGGACAGAUGACCCCAGAUCUGACCCCGGAUGGAGAGAUGGCCCUGGAACUGACCCCGGACGGACAGGCCCGCGGCUGGCCCCGGAUGGACAGACGACCCCGAUGGACAGACGACCCCGGAGUUGACCCCGGACGGCCCCCUCAGCUGACCCCAGACGGACGGACGGCCCCGCAGCUGGCCCCGGAUGGACAGUCGGACGACCCCGGAUGGACGGGCCCACAGCUGACCCAGGACAGGCGGACGACCCCAGAUGGGUGGACAGUCCUCCCUGGAGCUGACAGAAUGUCAGCCCAGCCUUCCGGUGGGUUGUGUAAAACCGGACGUCCUGGGAUUUCGACGCCUGGGUUAUUGGUCAGAGCCAGGCGGGGGGCUGGGG